AGAGUAUUUGUCCACUUUCAUUUUUACACACCAUCCAAUACACUUCUUUAAUCCAUUUUAUCUUGUAAUUUGUAUAUUAAAAAAUUAUAGAAAUUAUAUAUUAAUAAUCUAUAUGUUAAGACAAAUCAAACAAGAUCACACAUGACUAUAUUUAGGCUUACACAUUGAAAAAAUUUGAUAAGUCAAAGUGAUUAGAUGAACAGUUCCAAAAGUCAAAACUGGACGAAUACUCCGGGACAAAGGGAGUAGAUUAUCAAAAAGUUAUUAAAACUAGUACAUUAAAAGAUACCAAUGGCAAUAGGAUUGUUUUACUAUGGUCUUCGAGAUACAACGGCAACAUAUGCUACUAACUUUCUCAACCUCAUUCCAAUAGCGACCUUCAUAUUGUCGUUAAUUUUUCGGGGACCGACUUAUCCUUCAAUGUUCAAUCCAUUGUCCCUUGUAUUUGUAGCCAUCACAGAAGCUAUUUUCUUUGGCACGUCCAUCUCCUUUGGAAGUUUGAUUGGGAUGGCAGUACUCAUAGUGGGAUUCUAUUUAUUCCUCUGGGGUAAGAGCAUGGAGAAAAAAGGGGAAGCUGCUGGUUAAAAAAAGAUGGGAAGUGAAGCUCAAUUCUAAUUGCUGGUUGAAAGUGCCGCCCCUUUGCAAUAAUUGGGAGCUUAGCUCAAUAGCUAUGCUCUUGAAAUUUGCAAUAACCAUAUGAUUUGUGUUAGACAAUAAUAAUAGUAAUCCCAAUUA